CAAAAAGCUCUUGAUGUUGCUCUUGGACUAGACCCUUACCUGGAUGCAAUGGCAACUUCUAAGAGAAAAACUUCACCUGAUCACGUCCCAGGGGACGCUGAAGGAGCUGGAAGCGGAGUUAGGCUGCAGGAAGCACGUACCUCUGACUCACUGAAUGGCCAAAUUUUUAGGAUGUUUGUUCAUAUGAUCAGAGCCAGGAAGAUUUUAUUAAUUGGCAAGCUUAAAGGUUACAGUAUCCUUGCUAUUGCAGAGGAAUUGCCAGACGAUGGCAAAAUUUUUGCAUGUGCAGAAGCGCCUUAUCUGGGAGUGAACAGCCAGGAAGCAUUUGAUUAUUCUUCAGAUGGCAAAAAGAUAAGCAUGCGAGUGGGACCAGUGGCAGACACCUUGGAGGCAUUACAUGCUGAGGAUGAGCACUUUGAUAUAGUCUUUAUUGAUGCUGAUCAAAGGAAUGCUGUUCACUACUACAGCUUUGUCAUGGAUAACCACUUGCUGAGAAUGGAUGCAGUGAUCUGUGUAGAGAAUACACUCAUGAAAGGACAAGUCUACCUGGAGAAUGUAUCAGAUGAAAAUGUACUAGCUGUCAGAAAAUUAAAUUCAGUGAUUAAUUCAGAUCCUCGUGUUGAGCAGGUAAUUUUACCUGUGCAGAGUGGACUGAGCAUUAUUCGAAGGAUCCCUGUACCUCCAGAUGCAGUGAUUGAAUCCAAGCUGAGCCUGAGGCAGAACUGGGCCCUGGGGGGAAAACAGCUGGAAGACUUAAUCAGUCAACUUCUAAGCAAUGUACCUGAUCCAUCUCCCUGGGAAGCCAGGCUGGGAAAUGCCAUACCCUACCGUCAUAAAGAAGUGGUGAGGGAUGACGUCUUCUGGGGCCAUAACAGGCGGCGCAUCCUGGACCGGCUGCGUUUGGAUGGCAAGGUGGCCUAUGUCACUGGCGGGGGGCAGGGCAUUGGCAGAGCCUUUGCUCAUGCCCUGGGGGAAGCUGGUGCCAAAGUGGCCGUUGUGGAUCUGGUCCUUGCCAAGGCAGAGGCGGUGGUGUGUGAGCUCAGCCUCAAAGGGAUUAAAAGCCUUGCCCUGGCAGUGGAUGUAAGCAAGCCCAAGGAUGUGCAAAGGAUGGUGGAUGCAAUCGUGGCUCGCUGGGGCACGGUUCACAUCGCGUGCAACAACGCAGGAAUCAAUCUGAACUCUGCGAGUGAAGAGACUUCCCUAGAGGAAUGGGACAAAACCUUUAAUGUUAAUUUGCGAGGAUUAUUUUUGUGCUGUCAAGCUGCAGGCCGCAUUAUGCUGAAUCAAGGAUAUGGGAAGAUAAUUAACACAGCAUCUAUGGCAAGUUUAAUAGUCCCGCACCCACAGAAGCAGUUGGCGUACAACGUCUCCAAAGCCGGGGUCGUAAAAUUAACACAGACGUUGGGAACCGAGUGGGUUGACAGAGGAGUAAAAGUCAACUGCAUUUCCCCGGGCAUCGUGGACACUCCACUCAUCCGCUCCAAGGAGCUGCAGCCGCUGGUGCAGCGCUGGAUGGGUGACAUUCCCGCCGGGAGGCUGGCUCAGCCCACCGACCUGCAGGCUGCCGUCGUCUACCUCGCCUCUGAAGCCUCUGACUACAUGACAGGCCACAAUCUGGUCAUCGAGGGCGGACAGAGCCUGUGGUGAGGGGCAUCCUCCAACCUCCCCUCUCAGAGACACACAGGUCACUUUGGAAAGUGCAUAUUAGAGUUUAGCUUAGUCCCAGCUUUGGCUUGUGUGACUAAGUAGCCAGCUAAUAUGAAAUUACUGUUUUCUUCUUUUGGGUGUUAAUUUGGAGACUUGUAUAAUGCAGAGGGAAAAAAAGGCAAUCUUUCAGUUCCAACAUUUUCAUGUUUUUCACUAUGCAGUCACAUUUCUGUUAAAUUAGUAUUUAAUGAUAUAAAGGCACAUUUACUGCAGUGAGAUUUGGCUAUUAUUUAGUUUAACAGGGGGCAUUUUUAAAGCAAUCAAUAUUAACUGGUCUGUGUAGUUUAUUGUUCUUAGGCAAUUUUUUUUGUAUUCAAGUUGUUCCAGUGACAUCUGUGCGUGGUGA